AUGGGCGAGAUUCUCACAGAUGAACAGAUAGACCAACUCCUGGACGAAGCCGAAGCUCGUCUGCGCGAGAAAGCGUCUCUAGCACCGACAGAUGCCAUCAUAGAUGAAAUCAGUCUACGGACUGGUGAGACAAAAACAAGGCAACCUCUUCCGAAACUGCGUCAUGGCCUCAAUCGACGGACUUACAUCCAGGACAAUCAGGGAGUUGCGGAGACAAAUCCCCCCGCCACGAUCACCGACCAGCACCAAAAAAUGGGAGAUGGUCUCAGAUCUGUCGGGCUGUCUGAGAAAUCCAAGAAAAUUAAUGACCAGAUCUCUGCCGGCUCAGACUGGUUUGACAUGCCGAAAACCAACCUGACUCCUCAACUCAGGCGCGAUUUGCAACUCAUCGAAAUGCGAUCAGUUCUCGAUCCUCACAGACAUUACAAGAAAAAUAAUCGGAGAGGCAAGAUUCCAACCUUUUCCCAGACCGGGACGGUCAUCGAGGGGCCAACAGAGUUUUACAGCGCAAGAAUCGAUAAAAAGGAUCGAUCUAAGAACUUUGUCGAGGAGGCGAUGACCACCGAGAGAGAGACAGGACGAUUCAAACGAAAGUACAGCGAAUUACAAGAGGCAAAGACAAGUGGCAAGAAGGCACACUACAAGAAACUCGUGGCUAAAAGAAGGAGGAGGCCUUGA